CUCAAGAUAUGAAGAGACACGACAUGCUGGUUAUAGUCCGAAACAAUGUCGCUUGAUGAAGUUUGUACCAGAAGCGUAAUCAACCUGAUUGUUUUUUGGCCACCAGAAAAAAAUGAAAUACCAUAUGAAAGAAACUUGUUGUGAAUUGGGUAAAUUAAGUUGACGUGGCAUAAGAAUCACAUUCUACUAAAUUGAAAAGGAUUUCUAGCUUCUAGCCAGUGGAGAUGUGUCAACGGCAUACACAAUGAGCGAAUAUAUUCAAGUUGUUGAGGACGAAAAUGACGAACCUAUUGAAAUCCCGAGUGAACCAGAUGGAACAUUGUUAUUGUCGACUCUAUCCGCCCAAUUUCCAGCUACUUGCGGCUUGAAGUACAGGAAUCCAGAAACCGGAACAUUUCGUGGUAUUCGAUUGGUAGAAGGACGAUUGCAUCCUCCAGAGGGUUCUUGGGGAAUGCAACUUUACGUUUGCGUUUUUCCAAAAGCAGAGAAUAAAAGAAAAGGUGAUGAAGGUCAAGAGAACCCGGCAGCUAAAACUAAACGACUAGACCAGGCUAAAUGUAGCGAUCUUAUCGUUCUGGGUCUCCCCUGGAAAACAACGGAAGAUGAUAUGAGGAAAUAUUUCUCGUCUUUUGGUGAAUUGAUACUAGUUCAGGUGAAACGUGACCCUAAAACAGGUGGCUCGAAAGGUUUCGGAUUCGUCAGAUUUUCAGAUUAUGAGGCUCAAAAGAAAUGUAUUUCACAGAGACAUUUGAUAGAUGGUAGAUGGUGUGACGUUACUAUACCCAAUUCUAAGGAAGGAUCUCAGCAUCUAAUGAAUCGAAAGAUUUUCAUUGGCAGAUGCAGUGAAGAUAUAACAGCAGAAGAUUUGAGAAGCUAUUUCAGUAAAUUCGGUGAAGUUGUCGAUGUGUUCAUUCCAAAGCCAUUCCGAGCUUUCGCUUUUUGUACGUUUGCUGAUCCUGCAGUAGCUCAGAGUAUGUAUGGUGAAGAUCACAUCAUCAAGGGAACCAGCGUUCACGUCAGCAGCGCAGCACCGAAAAACUUCGACAAACCAGAUCGUCGAGGAGGAAGUGGGAGUUCUGGAGGCGGUGGUUUUAAUACCAGUCAUUCAAAUUAUAACCCAGGAUACGGUGGGCAAGAACGCUAUGGUCACCAUGGUAACAAUGCUAGCUAUGGGGAGGAUAUGUAUGGACAGUCAUCGUACGGCUAUAGAUAGACAGAAAGAAUGAAUGAAUGGAUGGACGAGUGACAGACAAAUGAAAUGAAUGGAGGAAUGAAACGUGGUUGUGGUUUGUCUAACACCAAAUGGUAUCUAUCUCUAUCGUGUGCUAUUAUUAAAGUCUAUAUUUUUUCUGUGAAAAUGACAUUAACUAGAUUUUUUAAAAUCUUUUUUAAAAUAUUUUGAUCAAAAUAAAUCAGUAAUCUUAUUUAAAAAUUAAAUAAAAGAAUUAGGGAGUU